UCACAAGGUGCCCACCAGUAUGAAAUACUAUGACCUGGCCUCGCUGCCCCGGUACCGCGGCUGCUCCCAGCGCCUCAAGCCAGCACGGACAGUGCGCUUCCCCAACGACAUCGUCUUCCAGGACAACAUCAGGCAGGGGGACCUGGAGCAGGUGGGCAGGUUUAUCCGAGCCAGGAAGGUCACCUUGAGCACCCUGUAUCCCUCUGGCUUGGCAGCCCUCCACGAAGCCGUGCUGGCCGGGAACCUCGACUGUGUCAAACUGCUGGUGCAAUACGGCGCGGACAUUCACCAGAAGGAUGAGAAUGGCUGGACCCCCCUGCACAUGGCCUGCAGCAAUGGCUACACCCACAUAGCCAGGUACCUCAUCUCUUUAGGAGCCAGGCUUGAUGCCACCAAUGACGAAGGGGAGAAACCAUCUGACCUCAUUGACGCUGACUCCAGGGACCUUGUGGAGCUCUUUAAAGCUGCCAGGAUGGACUGAGGCGUCUCUCCUUGGCGUAGGGCUCCUGUCACUCGGACUCUCCAGCAGCAGAGGUGGGGCAGUGCAGUUGUCAGUCCUGGGGGUGCUGAUCAGGGCAGUUUAGGGGAAGCAGAGAGUUCACCCAAUAACUGCACUGCAGAGCUGCGAACUACCUCAAGCUCCCCAGAGCCCCCGGAUCGCCAGGGGCACCGCGAGGAGAAACUGACGCUUCUCCACUGCUCUCACCCCCACCGCAGAGCCAGUGUCCAUCUUCAGCUACAACUGGAUUGGCCAAAAGAGCAGUGGCUGGAACGCGCUGGUUCUGGCUGGCACUGGUGUGUGGACACUGAAGCAGCGGGGGUCUGAGUUGGCACUGGCUGUGCUGUGUGGAAGCACAUGCUGAUAGGCCCCAGCUGGUGCUGACAGUGGCACUGUCUCACUGGAAGCAUUAAAGCUGUUUCUUUGAGCUGCAGCUCCUCAGAAUAACCCUUGUCCGUCCAGGGGCAGAGAGAGAGAGAGAAUGGUAGCCCAGCUCUCAUGGUAGCAUGCAGUGCUGUACAGAUUAGAUAUCUUGUCGUAAUGUCACAGUGUUAAAAGUCCUAUUUUGGAUUGAGCCGACUAUAGAUUUGCUUUUCUACUAUAAUGUCCAAUAGGUUGACCUGGUGGCCAGGUUCUUUGUUUGAAAAUACUUUUUACUUUUUCAAUAAAACUGAUUUCUGGAGA